UCACUAAAUUGUGAGCCUCAAAUAAAAAACAAAGAAUACUUCCUGACAGAUCUGUGAAAAUGGAAAUUCGAAAAAUGUUGUUAAAAAUGAUUUUUUUGAAAUAAAAAAAAUCUGAUUACAUUACUUCCUGUUUAAUUAUUACAGUGACUAUUUCAUUAAUGUGACAAUUAUUUAUGUUUAUUUUUAUGCCUGUGAUCAAUUUUUUUUUUAAUCUUUAAAAAUAUGUAUUCAUUUUACUCAAUGGUUGUUGUGCUCCUUAUAGCUGUUAACAAUAUCCAAGGCAAGCGUCUCAAUCAAUAUGUAGCUCAUUAUGAGCCUGUUGAUUAUGAUCCUGAACAUUUGGCUUAUAGUCAUAAUAGAGCCAAACGAUCAGUAAUAAGUUCAGAUAGUAGUGUAAAUUUAGCAUUUAAAGCACAUGGUCAUCAUUUUCAAUUACGAUUACGUCGAGACUUAGAAACAUUCUCAAAUUCAAUUGAAGUUUUAGAUAGCAGUGGUAAACAUUUACAUCCAGAUCAUGUAGAUACAUCCCAUAUUUACCAUGGACAUAUUGUAGAUGAAGAUCGUAGUGCUGUGUUCGGUUCUAUAAUUGAUGGUAUUUUUGAAGGAAAAAUUAUAUCUCCUAAGAAAGGAAUUUAUUUCAUUGAAAAAUCUAGAAAAUAUAUGCAUCCUCAUGGUUUGCUUCAAAAUGACACAGAUUUUCAUUCAAUUAUUUAUAAGGAUAAUGAUGUUGAAAAUCCCUAUCAUAAUUCUACUAGUCACUUCAGUGGUUGUGGUGUAACUGGAUCUAUUAAGCAUAGUAUGGAAAAUAUUCAAUACUCCGGUGAUAUAUGGAAUGUAGAUCAACAACAACAUUUAAAUGAAGAAAGGCCUGCUUAUAAAUACACUCGUCAAGCAGCAUCUGAAAAACAUCAUGGGCCAGUUAGAAUUAAAAGAGCAACUAAACCCAAAGAAGAAAGAAAUACUUGUUCACUUUUCAUACAAACGGAUCCUCUUUUAUGGAAACACAUAAAAGAACAAGUGGGUUAUGAUAAAACUAAAACAAGAGAAGAAAUAUUAUCCCUUAUAGCUCAUCAUGUUACUGCUGUUAAUUAUAUUUAUAGAGAUACAAAAUUUGAUGGACGUAUUGAACAUAGAAAUAUUAAAUUUGAAGUCCAACGAAUUAAGAUUGAUGAUGAUGAGCCUUGUGAUCAUAAAUGGUCAGGUGAACAAAACCCAUUCUGUAUGGAAAAUAUUGAUGUUAGCAACUUUUUAAAUUUGCACUCUUUGGGAAAUCAUGAAGAUUUUUGUUUAGCAUAUGUGUUUACAUACAGAGAUUUUACAGGAGGAACGUUGGGCUUAGCUUGGGUUGCAAGCGCAUCUGGAGCAUCUGGUGGAAUAUGUGAAAAGUACAAGACUUAUACAGAAACUAUUGGAGGCUUAUAUCAAUCUACUAAACGAAGUCUUAAUACUGGAAUUAUAACAUUUGUCAAUUAUAAUAGUAGAGUUCCUCCUAAAGUUUCCCAAUUAACUUUGGCUCAUGAAAUUGGACAUAAUUUUGGAUCACCUCAUGAUUACCCAUCUGAAUGUCGUCCUGGUGGUUUAAGUGGAAAUUACAUUAUGUUUGCAUCAGCUACAAGUGGUGAUCGUCCAAACAAUAGUAAAUUCUCAACAUGUAGUAUUGCUAAUAUCAGUAGUGUAUUAGAUGCGAUACAAGAUAACAAGAAAAGGAAUUGUUUUAAAGCUAGUGAAGGAGCAUUUUGUGGUAACAAAAUUGUUGAAGAUGGCGAGGAAUGUGAUUGUGGAUAUGAUAAUGAAGAAUGCGAUGACAAAUGUUGUUACCCCAGACAAGUAUCAGAUCGAGAUAGAUUCCGUAAUAUUUCUGCUAAAGGAUGUGCUAGAAGAGCUCAGACAGAAUGCAGUCCUUCGCAAGGUCCUUGUUGUUAUGCUGAUACAUGUCGUUUUAUACCAUCUAGUCGAUCAGUAAAUUGUCGCGGAGAAAGUGAUUGUAGUUGGGAUUCAUUUUGUGAUGGGACUUCACCAGAAUGUCCAGUACCACCACCAAAACCCAAUAAAACUCGUUGCAAUGAAGGAACUCAGCUUUGUAUAAAUGGUGAAUGUACUGGAUCCAUUUGUCUAGAAUGGGGACUUAAUGAAUGUUUUCUGACAUCACAAAUCAUACCUAAUAUUGAUAAGCGUAAGUUAUGCGAACUAGCUUGUAUGAAUGGUACAGAUUCUCAGACUUGUAGGUCAACCAGUGAAUUUGCUGCUGCAGUAAAUUUACCACCUGGUGGCAUUAGUUUAAGACCAGGAUCACCUUGUGAUAAUUUUCAGGGUUAUUGUGAUGUGUUUUACAAAUGUCGUGCAGUAGAUGCAGAAGGACCAUUAGCACGAUUGAAAAAUAUGUUACUUAACAAACAAACUCUACAAACUCUUCAACAAUGGGCAUUGGAAAAUUGGUGGGCAUGCAUGCUAAUGGGACUUUUAUUUGUAAUCAUAAUGGGGAUAUUUAUAAAAUGUUGUGCAGUACACACACCUUCUUCAAAUCCAAAGAAACCUCCUGCUAGAAGAUUCAGUGAAACACUCCGGCGACCUAUUACAACACUAAGAAGAAUGCGCCAUCAACCACAUAUAUCACAACAUAGAUCUAGCAGAGUGCCAGCUCAUGGUUAUGGGGAAGGUAGAGGUCAUUAUUAUGCACCAAGAGCUUCUGCUCCUCCAGUACAUGGACAUUCAGAUCGCCGCAAUGCAUUUCCAAUGAGGCAUCAGCCACAACAUAAAGUGUGAUAUUAUAAUUUAUUUUUUAGAUGUCAUCAAUUUGACAACCCUAAACCAUAGUUGAUGUAAGA